CCCUCUGCAAAUCUCCCCCUAAAUUCAAGCUGCCUUCUACAGUGUUAGUUUGUGGUGAUUAGCAUGUGAACAUGACUAUAAUCAUCAUAAUGGAUUUGGAUAGUUGAAGAUGAGAACAGAGAUGGGGAACACAAACACAUCAGGAAUCCAAGAAGAAGAGGGGGGUGAUUAUACUAAAGCUCCAAACCAGGCUGAAGAAUCUGCAGAAUUAUCUCUGAAUAACCCGCCUUCUGCAAAUGAUCAUAACGUAGAAAAUGAGCAAGACGGGGUGGAUAAGGAACGCGUUUCUCAGUUUUCUGAAGUUCAGUUAGAAGCAAAGGAUUUGGGUAUAAAAUCCAGUGAUAUCCAGACAGUUGAUUCGAUCGAAGAAGUGGGGAGGGAUGAAGAAUCAGUGGAACCAAAAUAUGGAGAAAACAGUGGAAGUAGUGAUCAGUUCUUUACUUACUCAGGGGAGGUGGAAAACGUUGAUGCAAAUCUCGACUCUAAUGGUCCUGUCCAGCCUCUAGACCCCGCCUUCAAUCGACCACCAAGCAACAGAGAGAAUUUUGCAGAAAUGGAUGAUUCUUGUAGUGAUGAUGAUACGAAUCACUGCAAGAAGACAGAAAUCGAACGUACUAGUGCUAUAGAUGCUUCUGGUGUUGAUGUUGAGGAUGUGGACGAGGAAAAUAAUGAGUUGAUGAUGGAAGAAACGGCUUCUCAACCAGACAGAGCGAUCAAGGAAGAAGUGAGCUCGAGGGAUAAGGUUGAAAACGGUUUGGCAAAUGAAGGUGAUAAAGAGGGCAAUCUUGAGGUGAAUUUGGAUAAUCUAGAAGAUGUUGCCAAGAUGAAUACAUUAGACUGUUCUGAUCCAGCCUCGAAACCAAACGAAGAACGUAUGGUUCUUCCUCAGGAAACUGGAAAUGGAAAGAACAGCUUUCCAGUGCCUGAAGAACAGGAAGUGAAUGAAUUCAUGAUAGAGUCUCAUAACCAGGAAAAGGAAGAGGAGAAUUCCAUUUCUUGUUUGGGAACUGAAUCCAUAGAACAGCAGGAUCUGGUGUCUAACAAAUCUCGACCCGACAUUGAUGCUAAAGAAGCUACUGACAUAGUCUCGGGAGAAGAGAUCUCCAUUGUCCAUAACCAUGAAGAAGAGGAGGACAACACAAUCAAGCAAAUUUUCGUCACAAAUGAGGUACGAGAGAAAGAACAACCUCAGAAUGUUAAUGCAACUCCCGGGACAAUAUCAGAACACGAGAUACCAUCAGACCUAUCCGAUGAGCAAUGUGCAAACGGGAUCAUUUCUCCACUUCCAGUCAUUCAUUCUAAAACGGUGGAAACCACGAGGAGGUACAGUGUGGACUACACCUCAGAACAACCUGCAGGCAAUCAGAUCGAAACCAGAAGGUUCCCAAGCUUUGAUUUUGGCAUUCCUUUCGAUGCAAGGUCUUCUGAAUCUGAUCAAACGCCCCUUCUCCGCCCUGACAAGCCCCCUACCAGACGCUUAUCAAUCGACUUCCAAAACACAGCUCUGCAAGCCACAUACGCCCGAGACUCACUGGACUACGAUACAAUGGGAGUGGAAGAGAAAACCAUUAGAGUGGAGAGAAGUGAUCCUGAUGCCGGCCCAUUCUUGAUCACGCUAAAGAAAGACGAAAAUGGUAGCCUCACAGACAAAACAUCAAACAGUUUGCUUGCAGAUAUGAAGGAAGGGAACAUGAUGUUCAAGAACAUCCCUCCAGCAAAUGAUCAACUCGCAUUAGCUUCACCCAAAAGCGGAAAUGGGAAGCGAAAGCCUCUCCCUUCGUUCUUCAGCACAUGCAUCUGUUGCACAGCUACCAUCAACUGAAAAACCUUUCAUCAACACACUCAUCAUCAUUUACUGUUUUUCUUCUCUUUUUUUUCUUGAUUUUACAUGAUUGAUCUUUUUCUGACUUGUCAGCAGAGUGUUUAUUGUGAAAAAAAACAUGAGAGUGAUGCUACUCUACACAUUACUAGAAUUGAACUUUUUUGUGUUUUUUUUUCUUGGUUUAUGUUUGAGGAAAUCCAAUGAGGUUUGGACUUUGGAGGGAUGAAAAACUGCCUUUGAUUGUAACCCAAUGUAUAUGUCUAUUGAUUUA